GUGUCAGGAUUCAGGUUGGAGUGAGGGAUCUUUCCAGAGACGAGCUACGCGGAGGAGUUUGACAGCCUGACGCACCUGCAUUGGAUUCCGGUAACCAGCGGCUGGCUUCUUAAGAAGCGGUGGAACCACCAGUCAUCGCUCGAUGGUUACCACUUGUUGAUCUUGAUCCCGCUUCCCGGAGCCAAGCCUGGAACUCCACCGGUCAGGCGCGUCUCGUUGGUUGGCACCUCCAAACAGUUCUGAUCCGCUGCGGCCCGGGACCCCCGAACCUACCUGGACUCUCGUUCCCUCCUGACGUCCCCCAGUCUCAAUUCUACCUCAUUAAAACAAACCCUCGUAACCGUUAAAAUCUGUUCUUCUGUGCGCACCUGCAUGUGGGCAAGGAAAUUAAAAUCCAACAUGACAAUCGGUCAUUUAAAAAGCAAAAACAUGCACAUUUCAAAGUUUACAGUAUAUACAGAGCAUGUCGUUUGAAUACUUACACAGCAGAUACUUACACAUUCAUUCUGUUUAUAUUUCUUCCUCCUAUCCCCAGAAUCUCAGUCAUUCUGUUUUAUAGAAUCUCAUUUUCACUGGUGUAAGUUGACCGGCGACCUGUCCGGGGUGUAUCCUGCCUCUCGCCUGGAAUGUAGCUGGAGAUUGGCACCGGCAACCCCAUUAGGGACAAACGGUGAACAGAAAAUGGAUGGAUGGAUGUUCCAGAUUUAUAAUCUGAAGAUGUUCCAUCAAUCCUCCUGGAGGACAAACUGACCACUUCUCCUUCCUCUGCUUCUUUCUCCUACUGCUCUCCAUCCUUGAAUGUCUGCAGUUUUUGCUGACAUUAAGUUUAUGUUCUCUCUCUGUUUCUUCUCUUCAUAGCAGCUACACCUGGGCUCAUUUCUGUUUAGCUGUGACCCCUUCCUGGAGGGAAGCUGAGCUACUGCUGCCAACAACAUCAGGUUCCCCUUCAGUGGAUCACACACCUGGAUCCACUCCGGCCACAUGCAGAACAAAGACUGAACUAAACACAGGAACAACAGAGACUGGUGAAACCCCUGAAUCCCAGUAGGCCCAGUAUGAACCAAUCUUCAUGAUGAGCUGCUAGGAAGGAGGCGUUGUCUCUGAAAGCAGCCAAAGACCUGAACUGUGACGUUCAGGAAGUAGCAGAUAAAAAAGCUUAAAGUAGGAAGUGUUCAGAGUUUGGAGCCACAUCCUGAUCACAUCAAGAGACGAAGCUUCACUCCACAUCCAGAGGAAACAUGGACCAAACAGCUCUGAUGCUGCUUCUGUGUCUCUGCAGCUCAGCGCUGUCUGAUGAACUCAGACUGGUAGCAGGAAGGAGUCGCUGUGUUGGCAGACUGGAGAAGAAGAAUCUGGGAGACUGGAAACCAGUGAAAUAUUGGAGAAGGAACUGGAACUUUACAUCAGCAGCUGGAGCUUGCAGACAGCUCCACUGUGGAUCUGUGGUGUCGUUACAAAGAGAUAAGCACUACAAUGUAGAGAUCAUCUGUUCAGACUCAGUCAGGCUGGUUCAAGGGACCAACCGGUGCUCAGGCAGACUGGAGGUGAAGACCAACCAGUCGUGGUCCUCAGUGUGUGAAAAAGACUUUGACCUGCAGGAUGCAGAGGUGGUCUGCAGGGAGAUUGGCUGUGGGCAUCCUUCAGUCCACCAGGGGGCGCUCUAUGGAGAAGCAGAGGCUCCAGUGGGGAGCAGAGAGUUCCUGUGUGAAGGCAGUGAGUCUGCUCUGCUGAACUGCAGCAGCAGGAAGAGUUCAGGUAGAAACAGCUGCUCACCUGGUCAAGCUGUUGGACUCACCUGUUCAGACAACUUCAGGUUGGUGGGAGAGGCCAGCCGAUGUGCCGGGAGACUGGAGAUGUUACAUCAAGAAGAGUGGAGACCAGUGGAUGUUUGGUAUAGUUACUGGGACAUGAACUUAGCUGCUGCAGUUUGUGCUGGACUGGACUGUGGUUCUGCUGUUUCAGCAAGAAAGUCAGAGGAAGCUUCAGAGAGACCAGUUUGGAACAUCAGGUCUGACUGUUUCCAGUCAGGAUCUGCAUUAAAGAACUGUUUACCUGAUGAUAGAAACAGUGAUCAGAGCCAUGAGAUCAUCUGCUCAGACUCAGUCAGGCUGGUUCAAGGGACCAACCGGUGCUCAGGCAGACUGGAGGUGAAGACCGACCAGUCGUGGUCCUCAGUGUGUGAAAAAGACUUUGACCUGCAGGAUGCAGAGGUGGUCUGCAGGGAGAUUGGCUGUGGGCCUCCUUCAGUCCACCAUGGGGCGCUCUAUGGAGAAGCAGAGGCUCCAGUGGGGAGCAGAGAGUUCCUGUGUGAAGGCAGUGAGUCUGCUCUGCUGAAGUGCAGCAGCCGGAAGAGUUCAGGUAGAAACAGCUUCUCACCUGGUCAAGCUGUUGGACUCACCUGUUCAGAUCAAGACAACAUCAGGUUGGUGGGAGAGGCCAGCCGAUGUGCCGGGAGACUGGAGAUGUUAUAUCAUGAAGAGUGGAGACCAGUGACUGUUUGGUAUCGUUACUGGAACAUGAACUCAGUUGCUGCAGUUUGUGCUGAACUGGACUGUGGUUCUGCUGUUUCAGCAAGAAAGUCAAAGGAAGCUUCAAAGAGACCAGUUUGGUGGAUCAGUUCUAACUGUUUCCAGUUACGAUCUGCAUUAAAGAACUGUUUACCUUAUAAUAGAAACAGUGAUCAGAGCCAUGAGUUCAUCUGCUCAGGUCUGCUGGUUGAGCCGCUCAUCUUCCUCUCUUCCUCCACUGACGGGGUCUCCACAGGCAGAAAGCAGGGGUCUGAGCUCCUCAUUGGCUCACAUUUCAGCAUCAUCUGCUCCAUCAGACCUCAGUAUGAAGGCGGCUCCUUCCAGCUCAUCUUCAGCACCUCUAACUACACUCAGAACCAGACCCUGCCAGCUGUUAAUCACUCCGCCCUCUUCCUGUUCUCUGCUGCUGGCCACGCCCACCAAGGAACCUACCGCUGCGUUUACCACGUCUACGUUUUCUCCUAUAACUUCUCCUCUAUCAGCCAGCCUCUCAACCUCACUGUCUCAGUUUCAGCCUCUCCCACUGCUUUGAUCAUCAGACUGGUUGUCGUCCUGCUGGGUAUGCUGGGAUCAGUCCUGGUCCUCUACUUUAAGGCCAGGAGAAACCAGAAGUCUGGACCAGAAAACAACCAUCAUGAUGAAGGAUCCAGAGCUGAAGGCAGCUUAGAGGAGGAGACUGCAGUCUGAAGGAACCAGGAGAAAAUGAUCUUCAUUUCACAUCCGCAGGAAGGAGCAGAGACAUGUUUCAGACUCCUGGAAAUCUAUCCGUCUAUGUAUCUAUGAUAAAAUGUCUCUGUGCUCCUGCAGCAGGAAGGAAGUUCAACAUUCAGAAAUUUGUAUCUGGACUAAACCUACUGAAGUUAAACUUAUAUAAGAAGGGAACACAAAACAAAACAUUCAACAAACAAAAUAUAACAGAAAACCCACUUCAUCAAAAUCUGAUCUUCAUCAACCUUGCAAGGAUAGCAUAUGAUAGGAUAUUUGGGGUCAAAGGUCAGGUAGCCAAUUCCAUCAGGCCCUGAACCCAGCUUGUGUCCUUGUCUUAGUUGAAUUGUGUGACAAAUGUAAUAUAGUUGAUCCUGGCUUGUAAUACUUUGUCCUGCCUGUAGGUGGUGUAUGUCAUCACUGCCAUGAUAACCCAUCCAAUACAUCCAGUUCCCACAAGUCUGAACCAGAUGUGAUCUGCGCCAUCUUAGUAGGGAAGUGCAUGCACAAUGCAUAGUGGACCCAUGGCUCCGAGACCAACACAAAGAAAACAUGCCGACCCUCUUGACCAAUGUGAGAGAGAGAUACAUGAACAAAAUGGCUGCCGUCGAGAUCGGCCCGUCUGAGACGGAGAAGGAAAAUUUAUCAGAUGAUGUGGACAAGCUGCCUCUGAUCUCGUACUACGAUAAAGUUAACUACGUAGUCAACACAAAGAGUGCAUACGCCGUAAACGAGCUUCACUGCCUGAAAUUCAUGGACGCAUAUAAUUAGUAUUUCAACAGCUUUUUAAAGGAGAGAAAAUCUCUCUGUGUGAAUAAUGAGGUUCUGGUGACUGGCAGACCAAGUACAUGUAGCAACAAACAUGUAGGCUACAUGUCUGCUUAGCUUGCAGAUGGGAUGGAACAUUUUAUAGUUACUAUGAUUAUGAGUGAAUUAAUGCAUAACAGUGUUAUGAUUCUUGUGUAAAGCAUGAGCUCAUGGGAAAGUCUUCUGAAGCUGUUUCUCUGAACUCUGUAUUAUUAUAAAGUUGUAGAAUAUUUUCUUCUUUGCAUUCAUAUGACAUCCUUAAAUGUUUAAUAUGCUUUAUGAAGGAAAAUGCAUAUGCUUGCAGUCAGUUUUGUAGCUAAGUAGAUUGUUAAACUGUGUGAAUUUAAUGAAACCUUUCCUAUAAAACAAUAUGCUGUGUUUUGCUCGAGGCUCUUUCUCCUGACUGUGUUCAGUGAGCAGAGACUCCAAACGCUGUAAAGCCUUCAAAUAAAUAUUGACAAAGAAUUUA